GAUGCCAGUAUGUCUCCUGACGCUCCCAAGCAGAGUCACUGGUGCUACGUGGCGUACUGGGAGCACCGGACGCGCGUGGGCCGCCUGUACGCGGUGUACGAGCACGCCGUCAGCAUCUUCUACGACCUACCUCAAGGCACGGGCUUCUGCCUGGGCCAGCUGAGCCCCACGGGUGGUGGUGGUGGUGGUGGCGGGGGGAGCACCAUGGUGCAGCGCGCCCGCGGCAAGAUCGGCUACGGCAUCCUCCUGAGCAACGAGCCAGACGGCGUGUGGGCCUACAACCGCAGCCAGCACCCGGUCUUCGUCAACUCGCCCACCCUGGACGUGCCUGGCUGCCGCAGCCUGGUCGUACGCAAGGUCAUGCCCGGCUACUCAAUCAAGGUGUUCGACUACGAGCGCUCGGCGGCGCUGCGGCACACGGGCGGCGCCGCCGCCGACGGACCCGAGGUGCCGGAGGGGCCCUACGACCCAAACAGCGUUCGCAUCAGCUUCGCCAAGGGCUGGGGACCCUGCUACUCCAGACAGUUCAUCACCUCCUGCCCCUGCUGGCUAGAGAUUCUGCUCAACAACCACAGAUAACACACACACACACACACACUUACGGACACACUUACGGACAGCUGAGAGAGACGUGGACUGCGACACACACACGAGACAUAAGAAAAACUCAAAACAAAACGGACCCCACAAACUAUCCCAAAUAUCAUCUACUUAGAUUUAAUAUAAAGUUUUAUAUAUUAUAUGAAAUAUAUAUUAUACUUGUAAAUACGGGAGUCAUUUUUACAAUGUAAUUAUUUAUGUAUGGUGCAAUGUGUACAUGGAGAACAAGAGGAAAAAAAUGGAAAACGCACUUUGGCUUAUAUAUAUUAUAUAUAUAAAUAUAUAUAAAGAUAAAGAAAUCUUUCAAUACCAAUUUGAAAAAUUAUACAGCAAAAAUAGGAUGAGCCUGGUUUUGGUGUAUAGUUUUCAUAUUCUAUUAAUAUCCAGACAAAAAAGCUAACACCAUUCACACAUUGGUAAUAAAGUAUUCGCAUAAUACUU